AUGAGGCAAUGGAGACAUGUUAGCUCAGAGCAAAGCCCGGCAGAUGAUGCAACACGAGGAGUAACCGCUUCUCAGAUGCUGGAGGAAUGUCGUUGUCCAAGGUUUAUAAGGCUACCUCCUGAGCAUUGGCCAAAGGCACCGCAGGUUGACAUGGAGCUCGAGGGCGAUCUUGAAGUGAAAGGGAACGUGACUUCACUGACCUCCAUAGUAGACAGGACCAAAGAACCCUUGCAGUCCCUGUUGGAAAAGUGCUCUUCUUGGCUCCAGCUUCAAAGAGGAAUAGCUUGGAUUCGGAGAGUUACCAACGUCUUCAAAGAUAAAACGGGAGCAGCAAAUAUCACCGAGUUAAGUGUGUCAAAGUUACGCCAAGCCAAGACAGCAAUUUUUAGAGUAAUACAGAGAGAGUGGUACCAACAAGAAAUGAGGUUCAUUGCAAAGAAAAGAUUGACACGCCCGAGUGAACUUUAUCGUUUAGACUAG